AUGAAUAUCUUUCCAGAUGAGGUGAUUGAGCAAAUAUUUGGCUAUGUAACUUCACAAAGAGACAGGAAUGCCUUGUCUCUGGUGUGCAAGAACUGGCACAAGUUAGAGAGAUGCAGUAGGAAGAGUGUGCUCAUAGGGAACUGUUACUCUAUAAGUCCUGAAAGAGUGAUAGAGAGGUUUCCUGAGCUAAAGUCCUUAACUUUAAAGGGAAAGCCUCAUUUUGCUGAUUUUAAUUUGGUUCCUCACGGUUGGGGUGGUUUUGUGUAUCCUUGGAUUGAAGCACUGGCCAAGACCAAGGUUGAUUUGGAGAAGCUGAAGCUGAAGAGGAUGGUGGUCACGGACGAGGGCUUGGAGCUACUUGCCCGUUCUUUCAUGAAUUUCAAGUCUCUGGUUCUUCUUAGUUGUGAAGGGUUCACCACCACUGGCCUCGCAGCUAUAGCUGCAAAUUGUAGGUUCCUUAGGGAGCUGGAUUUGCAGGAAAAUGAAGUUGAUGACCACAAAGGCCAGUGGCUAAGCUGCUUUCCAGAUUGCUGUACAUCACUUGUCUCUCUGAAUUUUGCUUGCCUUAAGGGAGAGAUUAAUCUUGGGGCACUUGAGAGACUUGUGGCCAGAUCUCCUAACCUUAAAAGCUUAAGGUUAAACCAUACCGUACCCCUCAGUGCGCUCCAAAGGAUAUUGAUGCAAGCACCUCAGUUAGUGGACUUGGGUAUUGGGUCAUUUAUCCACGAUCCACAUUCUGAAGUCUACACUAGGCUAAAGAACACCAUCAUAAAGUGCAAGUCAAUGACCAGUUUGUCAGGAUUUUUUGAGGUUCUUCCUGGCUGCCUUAGAGCUAUAUAUCCUGUUUGCAUGAACUUAACAGCCUUGAACCUGAGCUAUGCAGCAGGGAUUCAUUGCAGAGAGCUAAUAAAACUAAUUCGUCGAUGUGGGAAACUUCAGCGUUUAUGGAUAAUGGAUUGCAUUGGAGACUAUGGACUAGGUGUUGUGGCUUCCACAUGCAAAGAUUUGCAAGAACUGCGGGUUUUUCCAUCUGUCCUUAUUGGUUUAAAUGGCCCUGCUGGAGUCUCAGAGAAAGGACUUGUUGCAAUCUCUAUGGGUUGCACUAAGCUUCACUCAUUGCUCUACUUCUGCCAGCAGAUGACAAACGCUGCCCUCAUAACUGUGGCUAAAAACUGCCCAAAUUGCAUCCGUUUUCGGUUGUGUAUUCUUGAUCCAACAAAACCUGACCCUGAUACACUGCAGCCACUCGACGAAGGUUUUGGUGCAAUAGUGCAGUCUUGCAAGCAACUGCGGCGGUUGUCACUCUCUGGCCAGUUGACUGAUCGAGUUUUCCUUUACAUUGGGGUGUAUGCUGAGCAGCUUGAGAUGCUGUCAAUUGCAUUUGCUGGACAAAGUGACAAGGGAAUGAUGUAUGUGUUGAAUGGAUGCAAGAAACUACGCAAGCUUGAGAUAAGAGAUAGCCCUUUCGGGGACCCUGCGCUUCUAACGGACAUGGGAAAGUAUGAAACUAUGCGAUCGUUGUGGAUGUCGUCCUGUGAUGUCACCAUUGGAGCCUGCAAGGCACUAGCUGAGAAGAUGCGAAGACUAAAUGUGGAGAUCUUUAAUGAAAAUGAGAAGGUAGAUUGUAGUGUUGAUGGUGGCCAGAAAGUACAGAAGAUGUACUUGUAUAGAACAUUGGCUGGGAGAAGGAAUGAUGCACCAGAACAUGUAUGGAUUCUAUAG